UCCAACCGCCCGCUUGCGUGACGUGACGAUACUAUCUAGAGCUUGAGGAAUUGAACCGAGGACGAGACGAGUGGAAAUAAUGGCUUCGUUGAUCACUACCAUGUCAGUGCCCAUGAUCGCUGUGAACUACUCUCUGCUUCUGCCCCGCCAUCGUCGUCAUCAUCAUCAUCAGCAGCAGCAGCACUCGCACAUUCUUCCCAUCUCCACAAAUAUCCUGGUCGAAUAGGACAAAAUUCACACUCCCUACCUCUCUAUUAUUGAUCCUUUGCGUGCCCUCCUGUUGAACCCGCUGCACCUAUACCUAUGACCGAUGGAGGGAACCGUCCACCUCAACUCUGUACUGACAUUUCCUAGCAAUGCGCGCACGCGAGCGCCCUUUAAGCCGCGAUCGGCCGCCAAAGGAACCAGCAGCUACCAGCUGAGACAGUUUGCCGAGGCGACGCUGGGUAGCGGGAGCUUGCGCAAGGCCGUCAAGCUGCCCGAGGGGGAGGAUCUGAACGAAUGGUUGGCGGUGAAUGUGGUCGAUUUCUACAACCAGAUCAACCUGCUCUACGGAUCCAUCACCGAGUUUUGCUCGCCGCAAUCAUGCCCCGAGAUGAAAGCGACCGAUGAGUUCGAGUAUCUGUGGCAGGACUCGGAGAACUACAAGCGCCCGACCAAGAUGUCUGCUCCGGAGUAUAUCGAGCAUCUGAUGAGUUGGGUGCAGAGCAAUGUCGACAAUGAGCAGAUGUUUCCCAGCCGGCUGGGCGUGCCUUUUCCCAAAAGUUUCUCCUCCCUCGUUCGCCAGAUCUUCAAACGCCUGUACCGCGUGUACGCACACAUCUACUGCCACCACUACCCCGUAGUAGUGCACCUAGGCCUGGAACCGCACCUCAACACCAGCUUCAAGCAUUACAUCCUGUUCAUCGACGAGCACCGGCUGGCGACUGGGAAGGACUAUUAUGGGCCGCUGGGGGAUCUGGUGGACAGUAUGAUCCGGAGUGAUUAAGCGGAC